GCUUUCGUCAUUUGUUUUUGCCACAUGUUGUGAGCCUGCAACUGGUAUUACAUCACACGACAGUGCUAACUUGAGUUUUAUUCCCGUGUCUAAGUCUAAGUGAAAAUUGGAACUCCAACUUGUUAUAAGUGAGUGUAAACUCAGUUUUGUUUUCAAGGCUAAUUCAGUGCGUGAUUGCCACGCUAUUCUCGGAAUGGAUGGUGGUUGUCGUGAAUCUGGAAGGAUUAUGAUUUAUCAUUGGAAAUUUAAAAACUUGCCUGAAAGAUGCUCAAUUAUGACAGAAAUGGCGGAAUUUCAGGGACUUAAAGCUUUUCGAUUUGCUUUGAAACGAGUCGGUGGUAAAGACUCAAAGACAAUGGUUUAUUUCAUUUGCACAAAUUUGUACAAAACUGGUUUUAAAAUUGAAAAAGUAUCUCUCAAGAUUAAAGGAAAACCUUACUUGGAUGGGCACAUGCAGGCUGAACGUAAUGAUGAGCUUGAUCACCUACAAUUAUUUAUCAAACAAGUCAACUGUGAUUGGAAAAAACAAGAAACUAUCACGUUUGGUGUACACGUCGUCGAAACAGUAGAGCACUAUCAUUACCAAUUGUCUGACGUUUUAUUUACGGAACAUUUAUGGACAGCCGCCCAAAACAAACUCUGGACUGACAUUGAAUUCUCAGUCAAAAAUCAUAUUUAUUCAGCACAUCGGGCGAUCUUGGCAGCUCGAAGUCCAACAUUGUUUGUGUCAGAUUCGUUGAUUGAAGGUAGCCGUAUCAAGAUCGAACACACAGAUCCCAUUGCUUUUGAAAUGUUUCUUCGAUUUCUGUAUACUGGCAUCUUCAAGGUCAAUAAUCGAAAAGGUAUUAAUGAAGAAGUGUUGCAAUUGGCCGAACGCUACCAGUUGAGCACGUUGAAAUCUCUUUGUCAAUUGGCCGUUCAAGAUAUCAAUGCCAAUCAACUGACGUAUUUUGCUAUGGCAAUGAAACCAGAUUUUGAAAUUUGUCCUAAGAAACCUCAGCUUAACGAGAAGACAGUAGCACAAUUAUUUUUUCAAAAAUACUACGGUGUUAUUGAAUGCGUUUGGCGAGUAGAGGAAUUGCCGGAUGACGACCAGGUGUUCACUUCAGAUCUCUUGCAUUUCCGCAAUGAUGGAGCGUUCCGAGCGGGAUUGGCGGAUCAUCCGGUCACUAAACACUCGACUCUUCUUUCUCCACAGCAUUUUCUUUAUCUGGCCUGUUCCCACCUUGAGAAAACGGGUACAUCGAUAUCCCACGUCGACAGCUACAUCGAUGGAAUUGACUGUUACCGAAUGGAUCGAAGAGGCGAAAAGGCCUUGUACAUCUUUGGCCGAGAGCUCUUCGAUCUAGUGGUUCCGUGUGCUUUCAAAUUUGACAUAAUGAUCAAGGAAACUGUUGAAAACUAUCGCUAUCAGCUGAUAGAUAGUCUACGCGCCAUUGAUUUAUGGAAUAUGUUUCAGCUGGAGAUUAUCACUGAUGUCGAGUUUCUAGUUGGCGAGAAAACUUUUGCAGCACAUCGAGUCAUUAUCGCAACAAGGAGUCCAGUGUUUGCGACGCUGUUCAACACUUCGACAGUGGAAUCUGUCACUGGCAAGAUUCGGAUUGACGACGCUUUUGCCCCCGACGUCUUCAGGGAAUUUCUUUUCUUCCUUUACACGGGGACGCUCCAAGUGUCCGCCAACUGUCAAUCCCUUUUGAAAAUGGCAGAAAGGUAUCAAGUGGAGACUUUGAUUCAAAUUUGUCGUAUGGCCAGUCAAGAAAUCGACGUUGAAGAGAUUUCCACAUCUUUGAUAUGGUUGUGCUCUUUAAAAAUAAAAUUGCAAAGUAGAGUUUCCUUCCGCUAGAUGUCUACUUCGUUUUGCCAACCAUUUUUCAAAAACGAUUUGAAUCUCUUCCGGCCUGGGUAAUUAUAAAUAUUUACAUCAUUACUUAUGCUUGCAACGCUUUUCUGAUUUUCAUUUUCUUUUUAUUAAAUUUUAAAUAUAUUUUUUUUGGUCAGCUAGAUUGUCUUUCAAAUGAGAUGCCAUGGAGGCUUAGGAUAAUAACAGUCAGAUGCUGUGGCGAUGUGGUUGUGGGCCGGAUGAUGGAAGUUGAUGUGUGCUGGGUGCGACCACCCAUAUGU